GGUUCGUGAUGCUCAAAACUUGCUUGUUACUGUUGUUGGUAAAAAUGUCGAUACAGUGUGAAGUUCCCAGUUUCAAAAACAAUAUAAUAGUGGCAAAUGGUGAUACCCCAACAACGAUAAGCGGUUGUAUUUCGCCUGACACCAUUGGAUUUACAUCAAUUUUCCGAAUAAGUGCAGAAAAUCAAGCUAUUCAAGAUUUAAAUCACGGUGCAGUGCAGGGAAUUUCGAGCAAAUUUGAGAUCGACUUUCACAAUACCAGCGUCGAGAUUAUAAGAGAGGGGGCCUUUUUGGAUCUUCCCCAACUUAUUCGAAUAUAUUUCAUGGAAAACGAACUCUUCUGGAUCAGUGAAAGUGCAUUUCGGAAUUUGCCUUUGUUAACUGAAGUGCACCUGGAACAUAAUAAGAUCACAGAUGUGUCGCCGCGUGCCUUUAAUAAUCUUCCGAACUUAACCACAGUGUCUCUUGAGAGAAAUAAAUUGGAAAAUUGCGACCAAUCUUGGUUUUAUAAAACGCCAGUGCUUCAGUCCUUAAAUUUGGGCGAGAAUCGCUUGCGGAAGAUUCCACGAGCUGCCUUUAUCAACCUGCCCUCAAUUCAGAGACUGUAUUUGGAUCUAAAUCAAAUAGAGAUCGUCGACAAAAACGCCUUUAUGGGAUUAAGAAAUUUGAAACGUUUGGAUUUGUCUGAUAACAAAUUAAAAAGUUUUGAGUUUAAUUUCUACGCCCCUUCGAAAUUGACGUUUGUUUCUAUUAACAAUAAUAACAUAACGUACAUAUCUGAUGAAGUGCUGGACGUAAUACGACCCCAAUUAUCGGAACUGAUCAUAGUCGAUAAUCCUUUGCAGUGCGCAUGCUUGGAGAAAAUAAUAAAAUGGAGUGACACCUUUAAUAUAAGUGUUCCACAGUGGGAAUUUGAACAGUCCGGCGCAGUUUGUACAGUUCCAAAGAGAAAACCAAGCCAGUGUCUUGAAAGAGGUGAUGAUGAUUUCGAAGAGGGAUUUUGGGUUAGUUUUGUACGUGAACGCAUACACGUUGUUAAAUAAUUCCGAUCAGAAGUUUGAUCACAAUAACAUUGUAUUCUACUUCUGGUGGAAUUCUCAUUUGUUGUCCAUUGCGCAAUAGUGUUAAGCAAAA